GCGCGGGCCUCCCGGGGCUGCCGGGGCGGUGACCGGCUCGGGCGGGUGGCAAGCUGGCCAUGCGGACGGCUGGCGACCUGGGACCCCACGGCCCUGCGCUCGUCCCUCGCGCCGCGGUAUCCGGGAGCCCGCGGGCCUAGCGGCGGCCUUUGUUCCCUACAUCGUCGUCUGCCGAGCUCCGGCCGGCGCGGAUGCAGCUGCUCCGCCUGGGCUCGCGCUCGGGGCUGGAGGGGGAGCGGCAGCUCCAGGCGGCAUGCGAUGGGGAACUGCUGCUGGACGCAAUGCUUCGGGCUGCUCCGCCGGGAAGCGGGUCGGCUGCAGCGAGCGGGCGGAGGAUCAAAGUAUUUUAGAACAUGCCCAAGAGGAGAGCACUUGACCAUAGAGUUUGAGAAUCUUGUGGAGAGCGAUGAGGGGGAGAGCCCAGGAAGCAGCCAUAGGCCACUUACUGAGGAAGAAAUCGUUGACUUACAAGAGAGGCAUUAUGACUCUAUUGCUGAGAAGCAGAAAGACGUGGAUAGGAAAAUCCAGAGGGAGUUAGCCUUACAAGAGGAGAAGUUAAGACUAGAAGAAGAAGCUUUAUACGCUGCCCAGCGUGAAGCAGCCAGGGCAGCAAGGCAGCGAAAGCUCCUGGAGCAAGAAAAGCAGAGAACUGCCCAGCGCUAUCAUCCCAGCAGUGGAGACUGUCAAAGUGCAGGACCAGAAGAUGACUUUGAAGCUUCCUUAAGAAAUAUAAAGUCACAGUAUGAAGUUUUUCGAAGUAGUAGACUCUCAUCUGACGCCACAGUGUUGACACCAAAUACGGAAAGCAGCUGUGACCUAAUGACCAAAACCAAAUCAACCAGUGGGAAUGACGACAGCACCUCCUUAGACCUGGAGUGGGAAGAUGAAGAAGGAAUGAAUAGGAUGCUGCCCAUGAGAGAGCGCUCCAAGACAGAGGAAGACAUCCUGCGGGCAGCGCUGAAGUGCAGCAGCAAGAAGGGCAGCAACCCCACGUCCGCCUCCGAUGACUCCAACGGGCUGGAGUGGGAGAACGACUUUGUCAGUGCCGAGAUGGACGACAAUGGCAAUUCUGAGUACGCGGGGUUUGUGAAUCCUGUGUUGGAACUGUCGGAGUCCGCCAUCAAGCAGUCUGAUACAGAUCAGCAGGUCCGGUAGUGUGAAGCUGUGACCUUACUCACCAAAUGUUAACAAUCAGCUAGCAUGUACAGGUGGCACGCCAGGGCUCUUUGCGAGGGCAGCAAAACACCACGUGACAGAUGCUUGUGUUCCUGGAGGGACAACUGAGCGCUCCAGUCGGGUGUGAGCGCAGCAUCUGGCUUCUGCGUCCCAGGACCGACUCAGUGAUUCUGACAUAUCAGACACUCAUGCCUUUCUGUUCACCCGUCAGGUUCUGCACCUUAAGUCCGCAUCCGUUUUCCUCUGGCCGCUUCACCCCGCCUAUCUUCCUAUAUAACGAUCUGACAGUGUUUUUGUUAGU